UGGAAACGUUGUUUCGGCGACAGCAUGAGUAGAUGGGAUGCUUUGGAUCCGUCAAGAAAGACUGGCCUACAAUGCCGAUUGUCGACAGAAUCCAACCGGAAUGAAGGGGAAACAAUUCAAAACAAACACAUACGACCAGCCAAUUCUAACAAAAGUCAGCAUGGCAGAAGCGAGGCAUCCGUAUCUGUUGAACGAUUUUUGAUUUUGACGGGAAAGUGUCGAAAGACCACGUCAACGCAUUCGAUUGCAAGACUGGCUACGUUUGUUAGCAAGAAUUUGUCUCUGCUACCGGUAGAUAAAGUUUCCCACGAUGCCGUGGAGGACAUUUUUCUUCCGUUCUUGCAAGCCGAUUGCAAUUGCCGUUCAAUAAGAGCGCAGACUGCCGUCCUUGAAACAUUAGAACAAAUUUUAGAUCACAAAGCUUACUGGGCGGAAAUGAUGGCCCCGCUUGUAGAGGACAUCACCGAUACCGGUGGUGAAGCUUUUUUGACAAAUCCGAUUCGAUGUCAUUUGUUCGAAAUAAUCCAGAAAGACCUAUUGCGAUUCGUUAAAAGUGAUUGCGACGUGGCAUCAAGGCAAUCAAUUGAUCGGGUUGAAGCAUUUUGUCGAUGCCUUCUCAAAGCACUGAUGAUUGCAAAAGUUGUCGAAGGGACAAAAAAGCAUGCCGGGCGAACCACGUUGGAUCUCGACCCAACUCUAAUCCAGAAACUGAUGCUCACAUGUUGGUGUGAGGGUGUUCAAAUUUGUUGGUUGGUCAGCCCUGCUUUUUUGCUUCGCGUAUCCCAUGACAAGUUUGAUUAUCCAAUUGGGGCUACGGCUUUGAAUUGCAUUUCUGAUCUUCUUGUGUUUACUCCUUUCAAUUUGUGGCUUUCGCAAGGUCACAACCCGCCAUCUC